UGUGACUUUCAGCUGGCCCUCAAUGAUAAGAUAUCCUGGAGAGGCUGCGAGAGAGGCUGCUUGUCCGCAACGCCUCAAAGCAAAAAAGGCAGAACAUAGCGGCGCCACCCGAAAGUAUGCAAAAUUAACCGACAAGAGGGCGAUUGUUCGAAAUUGCCUGUUCCCUUUCAUCAUUCACAAGGUGACGGCUAUUUAACCUCUCCAGAGCGACCAUUUAUUCUGUAGCAUAAACCCAACUCUCUGAUCUUCAGCACAAUGUCCCAGUCCACCGAGGACCUCGUCAGACGUUUGCAGCAAGAGCCAGAGUUGUUUCUGAGGGCAUUCGCCACCCCCGACGAGAACAACAAUGCCUUCACCAUCAAAGGCCUUCUCAAGGCAGUCUACCAGCUCGGCUACACGGAAGAGGAUUUUAUGAAAGCUUCAUGGAUAGCUGUUGGGUUCCUACCGGCCUUUCUGGACAAGGACUCUGGCACCCCCUCGUCGACUGCGGGUCUCACCAACGACGCCCCUGAACCCAUUGGAAGUCCUCAACUUUCCAUCAAAGCCCCGGUCGGGCUCUACAGGAUCAGCAGACUAGGUGAUAAGACAGGCGAUGUUGAACCCCUGGGCUUCUUUGAAAUACGGCCACACAAGUCCGGCUGGAACCAUCGCACCUUCAUCGUCGACGACCAGGUAGCUGAAGCGAAGAUUCACUGGGCGGACAAUUACCUGGAGAGCGAUCCCAAGCAGGUUUGGCGACUAUCCACAGCCACCAGCCUUGAGAACGGACCUCGAUACAACCUCGGAUUCUGGGUGGACUUUGCGGAUGCGGCACAGCCGUUCAAGUUCGCUGGUACAAUCACGGCUGGGGAUGGUGGUUCCGAGAAAUUGGACAUCGAAGGGGUUCGGGAUGACGAUCUCUACUCCAGCUUUGGUGGCUUCUUUGGGCGCAUGGUCAACCAAUUCAUAUCUAGCCACAAACCAUCCACACCUCCACCGGAACAGAACGUUGUUUUUGGAACUCCUCCAAACGGGCCCCCCGGGUCAAGUCCGGCGACGGGGUUCGAUAUCGCAUCCGGCUUAGGAUUCACAUUUAUGGAGUGGGCUGCGCAGUGGUAUGCGAUGCGGAUUAUACGGCAGAAUCACGAAGCAGCACGUCCACCGCACGAUGUCGUCCUCGUCCGAUCCGACGAGGACGUUGCAUUUGAUGAUAUGACGGAGGAGCGCAUUCUCAAGCUGGAGGAAGAGUGGCUGAAGGAGAAGAAAUUCAAGGCGCUGGAGCCCUGUAAAAUGGCGGAUUCCGAUCGUCGCGACGACCGAAAGGAUCCCGAUCAAGAUCCCAGUGGAGGCUCUGGCCGAUCGCCAUGGCCUUCCGGCGGUGGCAGGACCGGGGGGAUCAUUGCAAUCGAGACUAAAACGAUACGGGUGACUGCUCGUCAUACGUCCAACGAGGUCAAGAAGGCCUGUGAUGCAAUCCUCGACGUUGUAGGCCGGCCACUGCGCGACAAGGCGACGGAGCUGAUCAUGGACUCUCUGACCAGGUUGAAUGAGGAGCAUCAGGUGGUAGAACCAGCCAAGAACCCCAUCAUCGACUGGCCUACUGUCAUUCAAUCAGCCAUCACCAAAACAUGCCCAAAAGAAGGUGACCCGGCGAGGACCAUUGUGGAAUUCCAGGAUGCGUAUCUCUUGGCCCUGCGGCAGAGUAUCGCCCCUGUUCUCAUGUCAUACCUGGCACCGGUUUACGCGAGUCUGGCGAGCCAGCCCGGCACGAGCCAUGUACUCGACUACUUCACUCGCGGGGUAGACUUUGCAAACUAUAGCAUCAAUGAUGCCCUCCUGAAGACGAUGUCCACUGAGAAGGUCUAUGCUGGGAUCAUAAGCGAGACCAUUCGGGCUACCCUGGUCAAGCAGAGGGGUCUGGGUCCCUCGACGUCAACCACACCUGGAGGGGGUCCCCGCGACCAGGAGUCCUUUGAUCUUCAGCUCCAAGGCCUUCAAACGGCAUCAGAGGUCCAGCAGUACUAUGCCAAGAGUAUUGAUACCAUCGCGAAGCUACUGGAAUCCGGCACGCUGAACCUACAGAACGCAGACACGGUUCUUCGAGAAAAACUAAAUAUGGUGGCCGUCCAGCCAGGAGUGUACGCGCCUGCAGCUCUUCCCAAUGAAUGGUUCCAGACUGCAGACGCGCUGGGAAAUAUGGGGAUGAUGGUGGGUCUCGCCGCCGGGUAUCGCGGCGGCAAAGGAGGCAAGAAAGGUUCAGGAGGUUACGGGGAAAGCGGCCUCAGCACAGCUGACAGCUCCGUGCUCGUUAGUUGCUCCAGUGGCAUCGGCGUCAGCAUCUGAGGUCUGCUUUAAUAUGGUACUCUAAAUUGGAUGAGGACCUGGUGACCAUGUUCUGUUAUGCAGUUACUAGUAGCUGUAGGGCUGAAACGCACACUCUAUGUGUUACAAAUCCAUACAUUCAUGUAUUUCCUUUACUAUAGGUUAUUUAUUACUACCAGGCCCUUAAUAGGCUUCUAGCAAUGCUACUACCGUCUUGAGUUAUGCAA